AUGGCCGUCCUAGCCGGUGCAAAGGAGGCAAAGAACAGCCAGUCCCUGGUUGGUCGCAAAAAUGCCACCAAGCCUCACGGAAUCGUGGGCAUGGUCAAGAACCCGUACGUCUUCAUGACCUGCGUGUUCGCCUCUCUCGGUUGUAUGAUGUAUGGUUACGAUCAAGGAGUCAUGUCGCCUAUCUUGGUUAUGGAGAGCUUCCAAAACAAGUUUCCCGGCUUGAUGGGAUCGACCAUCCAGGGCUGGCUCGUGGCUGCGCUCGAGCUUGGUGCAUGGGCUGGUGCUCUUUUCAACGGAUGGCUGGCCGACAAAAUCUCGCGCAAGUAUAGUAUGAUGGUGGCUGUAUUGAUCUUCACCCUCGGCACUGGCCUGCAGUCUGGUGCUCAGUCGCCUGCCUACUUCUUCGCCGGUCGUAUCAUCGGUGGUAUCGGCAUUGGCAUGUUCUCCAUGGUCAUUCCGCUGUACCAGGCCGAGAUUGCGCCUCCGGAGCUUCGUGGAUCGCUGGUUUCGCUGCAGCAGCUUUCUAUUACUAUCGGUACUACCAUUGCCUUUUGGCUCGACUUUGGCUUCUCCUUUGUGGGUAGCAACAAGUGCAAGCCCGAGGGAAUCGCCAACCCUUAUCUCCCAGAUGGGUCGUACAACUAUGCACAGAACCACGGACACCCUUGCACUGGUCAGACGGACGCUUCCUGGCGUGUACCGUUGGCCUUGCAGCUGAUUCCAGCUUGGAUUUUGUUCUUCGGCAUGUUCUUCUUCCCCUUCUCCCCCCGUUGGUUGAUGUUGAAGCACCGCGAAGACGAAGCCCGAGCAUCGUUGAGCAAGCUUCGCCGUCUCGAGCCCCAUGACCCUCUGCUCCAGGCCGAGUUGAUGGAAAUCAAGGCAGCCGUCCAGUUUGACGAGGAAACAGAAGCGAUACUGAUUGGCCAAGGCGGCAAUUUUGCCCCGUGGAAGGCACUUUUCGCGCCCAACAUGUUCAGACGUGUGUUCUUGGGAUGUGGCAUGAUGGUGUUUCAGCAGUUUACCGGUAUCAACGCGGUGCUGUACUACGCGCCCCAGAUUUUCAGUAGCUUUGGCUUCUCGUCCACGACGACCACCUUGCUGGCUACGGGUGUCACUGGCAUUCUGCAAAUCAUUUUCACUCUGCCUGCCGUCCUUUUCCUUGACAAGUUUGGUCGCAAGUCGUUUUUGAUUAUCGGUGCCAUUGGCAUGUGUAUUUGCCACGUCAUCGUCGCCAGCGUCGAGGGUGUCUACGAAGACCAGUGGAACCUGAACGAACACCUGGCUGUCACGCAGGGCUGGGUCGCCAUUGCCUUUAUCUGGCUGUUCGCUGUCAACUUUGCCUACUCCUGGGGCCCUGUCUCCUGGGUACUCGCCCAAGAAAUCUUCCCCGCCAGCAUGCGCUCCCGCGGUGUUUCGCUGGUUGCCUCGACAAACUGGAUGUUCAAUUUUAUUAUCGGCCUGACCACCAAGGACAUGCUCGACACGAUGAAAUACGGCACAUAUAUCUUCUUUGCUGUCUUUAGUGCUGGUGGUGGGUUCUUCAUUUGGAAGUUUUUCCCGGAAACCAAGGACAAGACGCUCGAAGAGCUGGAUGUGUUUUUUGGUGGUGAUAUGGGCAGUAUUGCGGCAGCGGACCGCGACCGCAUGCAGCGUAUCUAUGAGGAACUUGGCUUGGCUGGGGCGACUGAGGUGGAGGAUUUGAAGAUGGAGAAGUCGGGGGCUGUGGUUCAUGAGGAGGAGUAG